AGCAUGCGCAGAGGCGAUGCGGAACCAGGCUCGGUGGAGUCGAGUGAGUGCGAGGGGUGGCGGUCGAGGGAGGGUUCGAGCCCGAGGGUUAGUGAUGAGGCUUCAGGUAGGCCGCAAGCCCAGCACCGAGCCCCAGCGGAAAGCCUUGGGCCCUGGCUCUGUCUGCAAACAACACGAGGAGUAAAUAUUGAUUCAAGCUCGGAUUGCCUGUUCUGUAUCUCUAUCCUGCUCGCUCGUGGUUAGCUGUUCUGCAAACUCCCUUUACAGGGUGUGAGGGAAGGGUUUACAGAAACAAUAAUCUCACCAAACCAAAUGGUAAAAUCGUUCGGAGCUUGGAUAUCAUCCACCUGGAAAUGUGAAAGGAGAAAUUUUUCUGUGCUCUGAGUGGGAAGUGGGGGUGAAAUUUAAACAUCAGGGUAACUGGAGAAAACAGAGACAAACACCAGUGGUUCCAGCACAAGGCAACAACCUCAAGGCAGCUGCGCAGCCUGCAGAAACAUCAUGCUAUUCACAAUGGGGAGAAAUUGUACAUGUGUUGUCUGUGUGGAGAAGUAAUCAUUGAACUGGGAGAGACUAAUGGGUACCUGCGCAAUGGAAAAACCGUGGAAAUGUAUGGAUUGUGGGAAAGGAUUCAAAUGCCCGUCCGAAUUGGAAAUUCAUCGACGUAGGCACACUGGGGAGAGGCCAUUCACUUGUUCUGAGUGUGGAAAGGGAUUCGCUCAGUCAUCUCAUCUGCUGACACAUCAGCGUGUUCACACAGACAACAGACCCUUUAAAUGUCCAAACUGCAGGAAGUUUUACAAAAGUUCCAGGGAAGUGAUGCUUCAUCAACACGUUCACUCUGAUGAAAGACCCUUUGUGUGUGCUCAUUGUGGGACAGGAUUCAAGCGAUCAGCUGAUCUCACCGUACAUCAGCGGGUUCACACUGGCGAGCGGCCGUUCCCCUGUCCUGAGUGUGGCAAGAGAUUUACUGCAUCAUCCAGCCUACGGAUACACCAGCGACUUCAUUCUGCAAAGAAACCAUUCACUUGCCCUGAUUGUGGGAAAGGAUUCACUAAUUCAUCUGAGCUGCUGAUACACCAGCGAGUUCACACUGGGGAGAGGCCAUUCACUUGCCCGAAAUGUGGGAAAGGAUUUGCUCAGUCUUCCGUCCUGUUAAAACACCAGCGGGUUCACACUGAGGAGAGACCUUUUAAAUGUCCAAAGUGCAGGAAAUUCUAUAAAAGUUCUGGUGAACUGAUGAUCCAUCAACGUGUUCACUCUGACGAGAGACCAUUUUCAUGCACUCACUGUGGCACUGGGUUCAAGCGAUCAUCUGACCUCACUGUACACCAGCGAGUCCACACAGGGGAGAGACCGUUUUCUUGCUCAGAUUGUGGGAAGAGAUUUACUACUUCGUCCAACCUGCUGACACACCAGCGCCUUCACUCUGCCAGCAGACCAUUCACCUGUCCUGAGUGUGGAAAGGGAUUCACUAAUUCAUCUGCACUGCUGAUGCACCAGCGAGUUCACACUGGAGAGAGGCCAUUCACCUGCUCAGAAUGUGGGAAAGGAUUCACUCAGUCAGCCACCCUGCUCAGACACCAGCAAGUUCACAUUGAGCAGACGCCACUUACCUACUCUGAGACUAGGAAUGGGUUUACUCUGUCAUCCCACUUGUUGAGUCACCAGCAAGUUCACAAAUGACUGAAGCAACUGGAAUUUUCUAUGCAUAGCCAGGACAAAACCAUUUGAUUUUAAGCCUAUUCUUGCUGAUAUUAUUAAACGUCAGUCCAAUUUUAGGGGCUAAUGUUCUGGCUGAAAAACAAUCACGUCAGCUUUGUGUUCAGUACAGUGUGUUAAGUCUUUUUUUAAAUAUCUUAUUAGUUUCUCCCUGUUCUCUAUCUAUUGACAACAAAUGCAUGGAUGUUGCCUUCUACAUCAAUGAGAAUGAUCAGCUGCCCCUGCUGUUUCCAUCUCAUGUAUAAUACCUUUCUACACGGAGUCAUUCCAAUGGGGAAGAAAACAGGAAUGCAAUUGUGCUGGGAGCAGUAUAAUUAGACGGAUAGGCCCUCAAAAGACAAGCAAUCCCUGUUGGUUCCUGGAAUUGAAUGUAACUUGUGUUUCUUGUUUUCCUAUUCUCCAAAAGAUUAGUGGUUUCAAGUAUUUGAACUGUUCCCCACAUUUGAUGCCCCUACAAUGAACAAUGACAAGCUCUAACGCUACAGUGUGGAAAGAGAAGCAUGCCCUGAGACAGGGCUCUGACACUGUCAGGUGCUAAGGAUGGGUAGCCUGAUUCUUUUAGCUGUUGUUACUUUUGACAACUGAACUGACGCGUAAUGACAUAAAGUAGCAAUAUACUUACAAAUGAGUUUCUGCUUACAAUGAAUUGCCACCCAUGCCCUCCAGGUGCCCUCGGUAGCAUUCCUGUGUUGUUUCGCUCCAAUGAUAUGCACUCUGGGUUCUUCUUGGCAGGCUGCGAUUGACCUGAUGCACAGCUUGGCUUUAAACACGAAGCUGCUGACAGAAUUCCCAGAUGAUCCCGAUCCUGGCAGAGUGCCAAAUUCUUCUGUCACUGUUGAAAAUACACAGCCAUAGAAGCCUGUGGUGCAUUUAUAAUGAGGGGAACAGCAGAGCAUUGUGUGAGAUAACUCACGGAGAGCACACAGAAAGAAACACUGCAUGAAAUUGACCAAGAAUGGCACCCACUGAUUUUAUGUAAAAUUGAGCCUAUGUUUCCUAUUGUCAGUGAGUCCAGAACUAGACUGUUUUAGAAUUAAAAUUCAGGAAGGCGGAAAGAGAGGUUUUUUUUCUCCGAGUUCAGCGUCUAGGGGCUGACUGUCUCAAAGUGUUGGAGAUGGAAUCAGUAAAUAUUUUUAAGACAUAGGGAGUUUUUUUUUGUUUAGCAGUGGGAUUAAUGAAUAUUGGGAAUAGAUUGGAACGUGGAAUUUAAUGAUCCUAUUGAAUGGCUGUACAAGCUUGAGAGGCUGAAUGACCCAGAUCAUCAAUUUGGUACGGUGGCUCAGUGGUCAGAAUUGCAACCUCACAGCGCCAGGGACUGGGGUUCAAUUUCAGCCUCGGGUGACUGUCUGUGUGGAGUUUGCACAUUCUCCCUGUGUCUGCGUGGGUUUCCUCCGAGUGCUACGGUUUCCUCCCACAGUCCAAAGAUAUGUUAGGUGAAUCGCCCAUGCUAAAUUGCCCAUAGUGUUCAGGGGUGUGUGGGUUAUCGGGGGAUGGGUCUGGGUGGGAUGCUUCAAGGGGCGGUGUGGACUUGUUGGGCCGAAGGGUCUGUUUCCACACUGUAGGGAGUCUAAUCAACUAAUUCAUAUAUUUGUAUGAAGCUGGGAACUUGGCAGUAAGUAACUCACCUUCUGGCUCCCCCCGAGCAAGCAGUAUGCACUAUCUCCUGGAUGUGCCACAGAAACUGACCAAGGCUGCUUAGACAGCUCCUUCCAAACCUAUGCACUCUACCACCUAGAAAUACAAAGGCAGCAGACACGUAGGAGCACCACUCACCGCAAUGUCUCCUCCAAGUAUCACAACAUCUUGGAAAUAUAUCCCUUUUCCGCAACUGUCACUGAGUCAAAUUGGUCAGGCUCAGUCCUCAUAUUUCUGACUGGAGACUAAUUAAUACAUUUGGUUAACUGCAGGAUGUCGUUUUCAGUUGAAUGUUUAUCUCCAAGGGAAUUUCUUCAUUUUGUCAGCUUAUUUUAGCAAAAACAAAACGUAACUAAUCAGAAGGUGAAGUUUGACUGAAAUUCAUUACUCAGGCCCAGCUACAGCUGUCUGUCUCUGACAGAGAUAACAAGGUGUAGAGCUGGAUGAACACAGCAGGCCAAGCAGCAUCAAAGGAGCAGGAAAGCUGAUGUUUCAGGCCUAGACACUUCUUCAGAAAUGGAGGAGGGGAAGGGGGUUCUGAAAUAAAUAGGGAGAGAGGGGGAGGCAGAUAGCAGAUGGACAAAGGAGAAGAAAGGUGGAGAGGAGACAGACAGGCCAAAGAUACAAGCUUGAGAGGCUGAAUGACCCAGAUCAUCAUCUAAUUCAUCUAAUUAAUACGUUUGUAUGAAGCUGGGAACUUGGCAGUGAGUAACUCGCCUUCUGGCUCCCCCCUAGCAAGCAGAAUGUACUGUCCACUGGAUGUGCCACAGAAACUGACCAAGGCUGUCUUUGCUUACUUCCCUUGGCAUAGUCCCAACAUCUCAAGUAUUGGUUAGAUUAACAAAUGCAUUUCUGUUUAAAAGUUCAUAAAUAGGGAUUCUAAUGCUUCCAUAUGAAGCUUUCCAUUAAUUAGUCUCUCCUACAAUUUCCUUUCACUGGAAGGUCCAUCAGUUGACAUGUUUAACUUAACCACAUUCCAGGUGAGUUAUUCCAAUUGCAAUUCCCAUUCAGUGCUGUUUCUUCCCUUAAUUCUGUCUCAAACUCUCAAUCAUUUCUUUUCAGACAAAUAUACAUAUCCCAUUACAGUUACUUUCCUGUCUCACUCAUGAACCCUGGAGACCGAUGACUGUCCAAAGCUCAGAAUAUCUUUCAGACAGGAUUGAAACACUCCCAUCUGAUUCUGAGCAUUAACAUGUGUUUACUUUAUUUGGUGUUUAUUGCUUGGACGUAUCCUGGUACAUGAUGCCUGGAGUUAUUUUUAUUUUAAUUUUAGUCAAAUUUAAGACAGCUGAUACGUUCUCUUAAUCUUCAGAUGAAUUUCGAGUAAAAUAAACUAUUUUUGAAUUUCAACAAUCACCUAAACUAUUUAUCAUUUAUUUUUGUUAACUUUUGA